AUGGCCCCGAUUCCAUCCUCAGAGUGGAACUUAUUGACUCCCAAGACGGAGAAGGUUCCCACUCAAGACGACCCAGACGACCCGAUCGUGGACCAAGAAAUGACAUAUUAUGAACUCCCAGCUUACAAUGGCAAGACACUGAAGUUCACCAUAGAAAAAUUUGGCGAUCGGCCACCAGCAGGCUAUGCUGCAUACGUCGCUCUCCAUGGAGGCGGUGGCGACGAGGCUCGACAGAAUCAAGAUAAGAAACUAGCGCAGUGGCGAGCGAGAUCGAACAACGAUGCGUGGCACAUGAUGGCAGUUGGUCUCUAUCGCCGGAACUUCAAAGGCGGCGAUAAAAACAACCCGAAUGUUGGAAUCGAGGGUGCCAUUUAUAUCUGCCCACGCGGGAUCGUGGACGACUGGAAUCUCCAUUUCCGCCCUGAGUCCUACUACCUCUUUGACCAAAUGAUCACGAAGUUGCUCCAGCCUGCACCGAAACCGCUGGUGAACUCCAACCAAAUUUUCCUUACCGGAUUCUCUGCCGGCGGAGACGGCGUAUAUCGGCAGGCGGCCAAUCUUACAGAUCGCUGGGCGGCUGCCAAUGCUUCAUCUGGUCACCCUGGCGACGUGGUGUUCGACAACUUUGCCAAUCUCCCCUUCUGCUCACAGGUUGGAGAGAAGGACAGCACAGUAACUAAUCGAGCCCUUGCCGUUGUGGGUGCGAGCGUCGAUAAGUUGACUCGACUCGAAAACGACGCGAUCAAAAGGGGUAUCUCUGGACUGUAUAUCCACGACUGCUUCUUGUAUACCCAAGGGUGGAAUUAUCAGACAGACAAACCCGAGCCGGCUCUUCACGCCAAUUGGGAGAGAGCAGAGGAUGGGAAUCUCGUGUCCACUGCGGUGAAGCAGGACAAAUUGGCAACGUGGCUGCAGAAUAACCUGAAAGGCCCGACUGAAACUCCAGCCAGCGAUCUUGAACGGACCAACUCCAACGCAAUCAGGUGGUUGCGUCAGUAUGAAGUGAAGGGUCAAAAAUACAACAGAAAUCGCAAUCCCGUUCCCCAGAAUGUGAUUUGGAACCUCGCAUCUCGCCCUGGACAACCCCGGGACAAAAAUGAUCGACCAAUUCCAGGCUGGGAGCCAAAGCGGUUCUUCUACUGGGUCUACCUUAAGCAUUCGCCCUCCAAGGCCUUCGAUCCUGCGGCCAUCAUACGGGCUUCGUACAACGCCAAUGAGCGAUGGGUCCAAAUCGAUCAACCCAACGAUUACACGGUUCUCCUGCUCAAUGAGGACAUGUUUUCGUCUGAGGGCAAGCUGGACAAGCCCAUCUCCGUCUACGCUGGUCCCAAGGACGGCAAGACGAAGGCCCAAAAAAUCACCGUCCAGAAGAGUGAGAAGAUCCGCCAGAGGACAUUCCAAGCCAGAGGUGACAAGAAGCUUGAAUUCUCUGCCAUGGUCUAUUUCACGUGGAACCCAAGCGGUGGAGGUUACUGGGAGGUCAAGUCGGCGGAUUCUCUGGACCCGGUUGAGACGGCGAACCCGCCAAAGGCGCGACUGUGA